AGCUCGACACGUCUGGAUCUUUUCUUAUCUUGGGAUCUUGAACACCACCAAAAUUCUCGCCCCUUUUUCUAGCCGUCUCAGGAGGAAUCAACACACUUUUUUUCUUUAAAUUUUUUUUAUUCUUGCAGUGUUGGCCCAUACUCUGAACUCCUCUGCCCAUCGUUCUUGGAGCUUCUUUACUCUGUAAUGGCGUCCUGCAGCUUGAGAACUGCAGACUUUAAAGUCUUCAGGUUGGAUGUUUGUAGGGAAAGAGUCUCUACUUUACCAUCUUGUAGCUUAAGAAAUUGGAGCAGGACACCGCAGCGAUAUUCGAGUUUGAUAAUAUCAUGUUCGUCUCGAAGAGAUUUGCGCGCUUGUUGUAAUGCAUCGCCUGAGACCCGGACCAUAACCGGGUCCGAAACAGUUUCUGAAGAAACAAAACCUUCCAGUUCGGCCAGCCAACUUAUCCCAAAUUUGCAGGAGGUGGAAACCCUGCUCACAAACAUAUGUGACACAUCUUCGAUUGCAGAGUUCGAAUUGAAACUCAAAGGAUUCAAGUUGCAGAUAGUGAGGGCUUUAAAAAGCGAAAAUGUACCUCUUCCUCCAGUUCCAGAACCAGCUCCAGCUCCAGCUCCUGAUAUUCAAAGUGCAAGUUCUAUACAAUCGGAUUCAAACGGAACGGUUAAAACAACAUCAUUGGCUUUAUUCAAACCAGAACCUGUUUCUUCUUCGUCUCCGGAGGGGAUCUCCAGAUUUGUAGAGAGAGCUAGAGAUGAAGGCCUAGCAAUACUUUCAUCUCCUAAAGUUGGGUUUUUUAGGCGGUGUCGAACCAUAAAAGGCAAGCUUGCUCCGCCGUCUUGUAAAGAGAACCAGGUUGUAAAAGAGGGUCAAGUGCUUUGUUUCAUUGAUCAGUUAAGUGCCGAGAUCCCUAUCGAGUCGGACAUAUCUGGAGAAGUCGUGAAGAUACUGCGCAAGGAUGGCGAGGCUGUUGGAUAUGGUGAUGCUCUUAUUGCAAUUCUGCCUUCAUUUCCUGGGAUAAAGAAGCUUCAGUAGAUUGCUUCCAAAUCAAAGCAAUACUCUCUUAGAUUCUAUGCCUCUAGAUUGCUUAUACAUUCCAUUUCACUCUCAUUUCAAUAAACAAAUUUCUGCAUUGAACUUUUAGGAUUUAGCCGUUGAACUUGUAGGAAUUUCUAUUACGUUCAUAAAAUUUUGGACUUUCAAUUUUUUUCUUUUGCAUGUAUUAAAUGUUUGAGUGAGCUUUACCGUUCA